CCAGCAUGGAGUACCAGGAUGCCGUGCGCAUGCUUAAUACCCUGCAGACCAAUGCCGGCUACCUGGAGCAGGUGAAGCGCCAGCGGGGUGACCCCCAGACACAGCUGGAAGCCAUGGAACUGUACCUGGCACGGAGUGGGCUGCAGGUGGAGGACUUGGACCGGCUGAACAUCAUCCACGUCACUGGGACGAAGGGGAAGGGCUCCACUUGUGCCUUCACGGAAUGUAUCCUCCGAAGCUAUGGCCUGAAAACGGGAUUCUUUAGCUCUCCCCACCUGGUGCAGGUUCGGGAGCGGAUCCGCAUCAACGGGCAGCCCAUCAGUCCCGAGCUCUUCACCAAGUACUUCUGGCGCCUCUACCACCGGCUGGAGGAGACCAAGGAUGGCAGCUGUGUCUCCAUGCCCCCCUACUUCCGCUUCCUGACACUCAUGGCCUUCCACGUCUUCCUCCAAGAGAAGGUGGACCUGGCAGUGGUGGAGGUGGGCAUUGGCGGGGCUUAUGACUGCACCAACAUCAUCAGGAAGCCUGUGGUGUGCGGCGUCUCUUCUCUUGGCAUCGACCACACCAGCCUCCUGGGGGACACGGUGGAGAAGAUCGCAUGGCAGAAAGGGGGCAUCUUUAAGCAAGGCGUCCCUGCCUUCACUGUGCUCCAACCUGAAGGUCCCCUGGCAGUGCUGAGGGACCGAGCCCAGCAGAUCUCAUGUCCUCUCUACCUGUGUCCGACGCUGGAGACCCUGGAGGAAGGGGGGCCGCCGCUGGCCCUGGGCCUGGACGGGGAGCACCAGCGGUCCAACGCCGCCUUGGCCUUGCAACUGGCCCACUGCUGGCUGCAGCGGCAGGACCGCCAUGGUGCUGGGGAGGUGAAGGCAUCCAGGCCGGGGCUCCUGUGGCAGCUGCCCCUGGCACCUGUGUUCCAGCCCACAUCCCACAUGCGGCUCGGGCUUCGGAACACGGAGUGGCUGGGGCGGACACAGGUGCUGCGGCGCGGGCCCCUUACCUGGUACCUGGACGGCGCGCACACCCCCAGCAGCGUGCAGGCCUGCGUGCGCUGGUUCCGCCAGGCGCUGCAGGGCCGAGAGAGGCCGAGCGGUGGGCCAGAGGUUCGAGUCUUGCUCUUCAAUGCUACCGGGGACCGGGACCCGGCGGCCUUGCUGAAACUGCUGCAGCCAUGCCAGUUUGACUAUGCCGUCUUCUGCCCCAACCUGACAGAGGUGUCAUCCACAGGCAAUGCAGACCAACAGAACUUCACGGUGACACUGGACCAGGUUCUGCUCCGCUGCCUGGAACACCAGCAGCACUGGAACCACCUGGACGAAGAGCAGGCCAGCCCGGACCUCUGGAGUGCCCCCAGCCCAGAGCCUGGUGGGCCCACAUCCCUACUGCUGGCGCCCCACCCACCCCACACCUGCAGCGCCAGCUCCCUCGUCUUCAGCUGUAUUUCACAUGCCUUGCAAUGGAUCAGCCAAGGCCGAGACCCUGUCUUCCAGCCACCCACUCCCCCAAAGGGCCUCCUCACCCACCCUGUGGCUCACAGUGGGGCCAGCGUACUCCAUGAGGCUGCUGCCAUCCAUGUGCUGGUCACUGGCAGCCUGCACCUGGUGGGUGGUGUCCUGAAGCUGCUGGAGCCUGCACUGUCCCAGUAACUGAGGCCCGGGGUUGGAGGUGGGAGCCUCCCACACCUGCCUGCGUUCUCCCCAUGAACUUACAUACUAGGUGCCUUUUGUUUUCUGCUUUCCUGGUUCUGUCUAGACUGGCCGAGGGAGCAGGGCUCUGGGAUGGGAGGCCAGGAGAGGAUGUCCUCUUUUCUAAGGCUCUGUGCCUUGGUCUCUCCUUCCUCCUGGCCGAGAUAGCGAGGGGCUCCCCGGGUCUCUCACUGUUGCAGUGGCCUGGCCGUUCAGCCUGUCUCCCCCCCAUACCCUGCCUGCCUCCUGGCUCAGGCCCAGCGUAUUGUAUGCACUGCCUGGCCAGGCCCUGGGUCCUGCCAUGUGCUGGGUGGUAGAUUUCCUCCUCCCAGUGCCUUCUGGGAAGGGAGAAGGCCUCUGCCUGGGACACCCUAGGACAGUGGGUGGCUGGAGUGAAUUAAAGCCUUUAACUUUGUUUUUUAAAGAAAUG